AAUCAACUGUCAGGUACUAUUUUAGGUUAGACCAUGUUAUGGUUAUAAAAAAAUCAUUUUACUUCUUAAAUCGAAAAUAUGAAUGAUAUAUUGAAAGACAGCCGCUUCGCGAAGUAUCUUAAUGACCCCCGAUACAGACAAAUACCGAAACAUGAAAGGAAAGUUAAAAUUGAUAAAAGAUUUCAGUCUAUGUUUAAUGAUGAGAAGUUUAAAGUGAAGUAUACUGUAGAUAAACGAGGAAGGCCCGUCAACGAAACAUCUACAGAGAAUUUACGAAAAUAUUAUGAUCUAGAAGAGUCUGAUGCGAGUACGGAUGAAGAGUCGGUAGGUAACAAUGCUGAAUCAAAAGGCCGUGAAACAUGUAGUUCACCCAAGGAAGGCGACAUAACACCGGGUCAGUUUGUCAAACGGAUUCCUAGCGACGAUGAAGGAAAAGAAAAAGAGACACUUAAUAAAAAUGAUAAAUUAACAAGAGGUAGUUUGGAUAUUAAAACUAAGAAACGAUUGUUAGAUUUGGAUAUUGAUUAUGCUCGUGGAGAAGGUGUGCUAAUGACAGAUUCUUCCAGUGAUGAAGAGGUCAGUGAGAGUGAGGAUGAGAGUGAUUUAGAACAUGAGUGGGGAGAACUGGAUGCUGAUGCAGAAACUACUGAUGAAUCAACUAGAAGGAUAGCCAUCUGUAACAUGGACUGGGACAAUAUUAAAGCUAGUGAUUUAUUGGUUCUUUUGAGUUCUUUUUUACCUCCUGGAGGAAUUAUACAUCACAUAACUAUAUAUCCCUCAGAAUAUGGUCUCAAAAGAAUGCAGGAAGAGGAUAUUAGGGGUCCUAUUGAACUAACACAAGACCAAACAGAUGAAUGUGAUCUUUCUGACAGUGGUGGAAAUGAAGAAGGGUCUACAUACCAUAUGGAGAAGCUGCGUAGGUAUCAAUUAAACAGGUUGAAAUACUUCUACGGUGUAGUGGAAUGUGAUUCUGUGGCAACUGCUGAUAAGUUGUAUAGCGAAUGUGACGGAAUGGAGUAUGAGAGCAGUGCUACAAAACUAGACAUGAGGUUCAUACCUGAUGAUGUCACUUUUGAUCAGGAACCUCGUGAAACGUGCAGCAAACUGCCAGAUAUGACUAAAUACAAGCCACGUUUGUUCACAACGACGGCUCUGCAGCAAGCCAAGGUGGAUCUCACUUGGGAUGCUACUAAUCCGAAACGCGCAGAAUUAAUUAAAAGUGCACUUGACGGAAACAUUGAUGCUCUAGAUCUAAAAGAGUAUUUGGCGUCUAGUAGUGACGAUGAAAGUGCAGAAGAACAAGACUCAAAGUUUUAUAACGAAAAUGAUGAUGCAGACCCCAUACAAAAAUACAAGAUGCUACUGGAUGAUAUUGAUAACAAAGAACAAAAGAAACAUAACAAAGAUAUGGAAAUGGAGAUCACCUGGGGAUUAGGUGUUAAAGACAAAGCUGAGGAACUAGUUAAGAAAAGGAUUAAUAAAGAUGACAAGGAAUUAACUCCGUUCGAAAAGCUACUGCAAAAAAGAAAAGAGAAAAAGAAACAAAGAAAACUCAUAAAUAAACAAAAGACCGAUGAAACAAAAUCUGAUACAGAUGAAUACUCGUCCGACGAUAUACCUUCAGAUGUCGACAUGAAUGAUCCAUAUUUUGCAGAAGAGUUUAAUAAACCUGAGUUCAAAAUAAAAAAAUCAAAGACCAAAACGCAAGAUGUGGAAGAAAACAGUUCAGGUGAUGAGGAAAAAAGAAAAGCUGAGUUAGAACUAUUGUUAGAUGAAGAUGAUAUUAAAGACCACUUUAGUCUUAAUAAAAUACAAGAGUCGGAGAAUAUUAAUAGGAAAUCUAAAAGGAAAAGGAAGCUUAAAGAAAAAGUAAAGGAACAAAAGGAAGCAGCGCCAGAUUUUGAUAUAAACCUAGAUGAUCGCAGAUUCGCGGCAUUGUAUGAUUCACAUCUGUUUAACAUAGAUCCUACCGAUCCCAACUUCAAGAAAACGAAAAACAUGGAGAAGCUUAUCCAAGAGAAAUUGAAACGCAGACCAACUGACGACCCUGUUUCAGAAGUAAAACCAAAGAAAUCAAAGGAAGAUGCUGAAUUAAAUGUUUUAGUUAAAAACAUAAAGCGGAAAACUAAGGGUGUAUUAAAGAAAUAAAAUAAUAUUACGUGUUUAUA